AUGCAGUUUUCACGGUGGACGAUGGUGCUCCCGGGCCCUGCGUUUUGCCAGCCAAUGUCCCCCUGCUUCUGGCUUGAACUGGCCCCUGAGGAGUAUCGACUCGAGGCCCUUGCAUUAAUACCGGUGGUUUCGGAAGGCCAAGGAGCCGAAUGUAAUCCCCUGGGUUGGGCUGCCGGCGUUCAAAGCGCCUGCAUUGUACGGAGUACAGUGCAGCAGGAGAAAGAGAGGCAUCGCCGUCGUCUUGCGUCUGGCUUUUGUGGCGAGAACAAUCCUACAUUAUGGAAUACUCCGUACGGAGGGUUCCGAUUCAGUGGGCGUGUUUCAGCUGGCGCGUCAAAACAGUCACCAAAAUGGCCCUUGCUCGCAUGA